UUUUAUGACAUGUGCUUUUUGGGGGGGGUUAAGGGGUAACCCUAAUUGGACGUGGGCCCCACCCUACCCCCCAAAACAACACAAAAACAUGUUUAGUUUGGAUUUCACUCUCAUUAUGCAAAACUGAUUUUUUUUCCAGCAGCUUGAAGAGGAGGAACAGCUUGAAGAAGAUUGAUUGAAGGGGUGAGAAAAGUGACUACAAGCGUGAUAGGAGCUAGAAGAAGCAAGAAGAAGAGGAAGAAGAAGAUUCUUCUACAUUUUGGAGAGAUUUUUCAAGCACAAGUGUCAAUUUGAAAAUUUCACAAUGAGCUCCCAAGGCACGAGUGAAGAUAACAUGGAAAUCCAUUCUCAUAGUGAGAAUGAUUCAGAAUUUGAACCUGAAAAUGAGGGGGGUGACCAUGGGGCUGAUCCUGAAGCCCAAUCUAGUUCUAUGGCAAGUGCAGCAGCUAGUACAGGUUGCCCUUCAGAGUUGUUGGCACCAUAUGCUAGGGGUCAUUUUGAUCCUAAGUCUCCUCUAAAACAGUUUGCUUCACAAAUAUCAGUACAAGGCACUGCAUCACAUUCAAGUGGGGGAACAAGGAAGUGGAAGUGCAAUAUUUGUGACAGAGAAUGGUUCGGUAGCAUUAGCAGGGUGAAUGCACACUUUCUAUUUUGGAGAGGAAAAGGCGUGAAACAUUGUAAGUUUUUGGAGGAACCCAAAAAUAUACAUUACAGAAUUGAGUUUAACAGGCUUUGGGGGGUUCCAGAUGACACAAAUAUUUCAAUGCCUACUACUUUGUCUGCUAGGGCAUCACUUCACGACAGCCAGAAUGUGCCAGUGCCACAUACUUAUCAUGCUUCGCAGGCGGGAGGAAUGAUGUUUGGAUCUCCAUCUACUUCCACUUCUACUGCUGCUAGGGCUGGGAAACGUAAGUUGCAUACACCACAGAGCAACCCCAUUGCUGAUAUGUUUAAUGUGCAGCUGAGAGAUGAGAUAGAUGAAUCCAUUGGCAAUUUCUUCUUUGCCAAUGGCAUUCCAUUUCAUGUUUCAUGGUCUCCUUAUUAUAGGAAGAUGAUAGAUAUGGUGGCCAAGGGAGGACCAUCUUAUGUGCCACCAGGGGAGACGAAAAUGAGGACCUCGAUCUUGGAUAAAAGCUAUUCCAAGAUCAAUAUUUUGAUGGAGAAGAUGAAGGCAUGUUGGGUGGCAUCGGGGUGCAGCAUAGUUAUGGAUGGGUGGACGAACAUUAGCCAUUGUCCACUCAUCAACGUCAUGGUCACAUGUGCAGAGGGCCCAUACUUCCUUAGAGCAGUUGAUUGUACAGGGCAUCGUAAAGAUGCUGAUUUCCAGUUUUAGGUCCUCAGGGAGGCUAUUGAGGAGGUUGGGCCACAAAAUGUGGUCCAAGUAGUGACAGAUGCAGCCUAUGUGUGUAGAGCAGCAGGGAGACUCGUUGAGGCAGCCUAUAGACACAUUUGGUGGACCCCAUGUUGUGUGCAUGCCAUGAACAAUGCACUCAAGGACAUGGGGAAGAUUGACUGGAUUAGAGGAGUGGUCACCGAUGCGAGAGAUGUGCAGAUGUUUAUCUGCAACCACCACAUUUCACAUGCACUCUUCAGGACCUUCGCGA